CUAGAAAGAAAUUAGCCCGGACGGUACCGUUGUGCGUCAUCACUGAGCGCCAAGACGACAGUUUACGCAUGAUGGGUGCGACUGACUGAACGCCUGUCUUUCGUGAGGCUUGAGCUCAUUGAUCCGCUUUACCGGUGGUUGUUAAUCGGUUUCCUGUCCAGUUCCCAGUCCGGUGCCGAAGCUGCGGGGCUGCCCAUGAACGGCACCAUGGCCGCGUCCUCACACCGGAUAAUGCUGGGGCCGCUGGUUGCUGCCAUCGACCAGGGAACGAGCUCCACCCGGUUUCUGGUUUUUAAUUCAAAAACAGCAGAGCUCCUCAGCCAUCAUCAGGUGGAAAUCAAACAGAGCUUCCCCAAAGAAGGAUGGGUGGAGGAAGACCCCAAGGAAAUUCUGCACUCAGUGUACGAGUGCAUGGAGCGGACGUGUGAAAAACUCACCCAGCUCAACAUCGACAUUUCAAACAUUAAAGCUAUUGGAGUGACCAACCAAAGAGAGACCACGCUGGUUUGGGACAAAGAGACAGGAGAGCCCCUCUACAACGCAAUCGUGUGGUUGGACCUGCGGACUCAAUCAACAGUUGAACGUCUGAUCAACAAAACUCCGGGAAGGAAUAAGAACCACCUGAAGCACAAAACAGGGCUCCCCAUCAGCACUUACUUCAGUGCGGUGAAGCUUCGCUGGCUGAUGGACAACGUGAGCGAGGUCCAUGAAGCCGUCGUGUCUCACCGCGCCAUGUUUGGCACCGUCGACUCCUGGCUCAUAUGGUGUUUAACUGGGGGGAAAUCCGGUGGAGUUCACUGCACAGAUGUGACCAACGCAAGCAGGACCAUGCUGUUUAACAUUCAUACUAUGGACUGGGACCCAGAACUUUGCAAAUAUUUUGGUAUUCCUAUGGAGAUCUUGCCCAGAGUGAGGAGUUCUUCAGAAAUAUAUGGCCUCAUGAAAAUUUGUUCUAGCAGGAAAUCAGGAGCCCUGUCAGGUAUCCCCAUUUCAGGGUGUCUUGGGGAUCAGUCAGCAGCACUUGUUGGACAGAUGUGUUUUCAGGACGGGCAAGCUAAAAACACGUAUGGAACUGGAUGUUUUCUACUGCGAAACACUGGAGCCAAGCCUGUAAUGUCUGACCACGGUCUUCUGACCACUGUGGCGUACAAACUAGGUCGAGACAAACCUGCCUGCUACGCACUGGAGGGCUCGGUGGCCAUUGCAGGAGCUGUGGUUCGUUGGCUGCAGGACAAUCUCGGGAUAAUCGGAACUUCUGAAGAACUCGAGAAGUUGGCAGCAUCUGUCGGCACAUCCUACGGUUGUUAUUUUGUCCCUGCAUUUUCGGGUCUUUACGCGCCUUACUGGGAGCCCAGUGCAAGAGGGAUUAUUUGCGGGUUAACUCAGUUUACUAAUAAGAGUCACCUGGCAUUCGCUGCACUGGAAGCCGUCUGUUUCCAGACACGAGAGAUACUCGACGCCAUGAAUCAGGACAGCGGCAUCCCACUAACUCAGCUCCAGGUGGACGGAGGAAUGACGUCCAACAGGUUGCUGAUGCAGCUGCAGGCUGACAUACUCUGUAUCCCUGUUGUGAAGCCGUCCAUGCCCGAGACCACCGCUCUCGGAGCAGCGAUGGCAGCUGGAGCAGCAGAGGGGGUGAGCGUGUGGAGUCUGAGCCCAGAGGACCUGAGCGAAGUCACUUCGGAGAAGUUCGAGCCUCAGAUCAACCCUGAAGAGAGUGAGUUUCGGUACGCACGAUGGAAGAAAGCAGUUCAGAAGUCCAUGAACUGGGAGACGACGGAGCCUGUUUGUAAUGGAAACGGUGAAACUAGUAUCUUCAGCAGCGUCCCACUGGGCUUUUACAUCAUGGGCAGCAUGUUGAUGUUAAUUGGAGCGAAAUACAUUGCAGGUCAUGACUAGGCUCCGACUCCUGGAGGCAUUAAAGUGAAGAGGACAGUGGAAGCUCUUCGUGCUGGACCACCACUUUGUACUCUUGGUUGCACUCUUUUUUUUUUUUCUUUUUUUUCCAAAAGGCAUUCCAGAGGAAAGACGUUUCAGUCGCUCCUGCUGAAUCUUACUGCUGAAUGGAAGAUCUUGACGAAGUCAAGUUUGAACUGAUGAACUUUUUCUUUAUUAUUUUCUUUUUUUUUUGUCUGUGACAGACAAGAACACAUUGGUACAUUAGACAUGAAUUACAGCAGGAGUGUGCAUGUAGUUUUUCUUUUUGUACAGUGUUGAAAUACUAUGAAUUCUGAGCUUAUUUAUGUAGAAACUUUGCUGAUGGUAGAGCCGAUUAUUGUAAUCUUUCCACAGCUGUGUUAUGUGAAGUACGCUAAUUUGCAUUACUCGUUGUUUUACACUUCACUGUUACCUUUCAACGGUCUUUAACAGUCAUCCUGUGAUGUUUUGUUGUUUGAGACUCGCCACUAUGAGCUACAGAGAACUUUUUAGAGCACUUUAUAUAUUUUUUUUGUUUUGUCUCGUGGGAGCUGUGUACUAACAAGAGCCUAUAUAUAUUUUCUAACAGUUGGGAUUAAUACACAGAAAGUUAUUUUGCAGUGGAAUAAAAAUGUAGGAUGAUAGGGAAGAGAGACACUGAACUGUCAAGAUUGCUUUUUGGCAAAAAGUGACGUUCUUCUAUAUACUUGAAUCAGUGAAAAUAUGUGUUAAAUGUGCAAACAUGCAAUGAAGGGCAAUGACAAUUUUUAAUUUCAUAUGCUAUAAAAGAUAUUCCAGGAACAAACAGGCACCUAUUUAUGUGAAUUUGACAUUAAAAAACAUUAAAAAUUCUCCCAAAACUAGAAACCAGAAAACCAAGAGUGUCAUUAAAAGAUGAAAUCUGAAGCAGCUAGUCAAUAACUAAUUCAUUAUGUAGACCAAAAUGUUCUGAGGGGUUUUAAGGACUAUCAUGGUUAAUAUGUAAUUUUAAUGUUUAAACAUUCUUUGCUGUUUGGCUUUAUAGGGUUGCGAACACUGUUAGCUUCCACAGAACUGUGAAUAUUGUUCCUCUAGUCACAAGUUGAUGUAAUAGUAUUAUUAUUAUUAAUAAUUUAUCAGGGAAAAUAACAUGUCUCCAUUAUUUUCUUACAGCUGCUGUUAUUCCUUUAUCAAUCUGAAAUACUUAAAAAAUGCAAAUUAUGCAAAACCCUCAAAUGCAAACAUCUCAUACACACCCUUGCUGAUGCAGCUGUAUUUUACUGAAAUUAAAGAGUAAUUUUAUGUGAGUAAAUUAUUUAAAUAAAUACUAAAUUUAAAAGCAGCUCCGCAAACCCACAGGAACAUAAACUAAUUCUUAAAGUGGUUCCACUUGAUAAACUGUCGAGGAAGUAGAAGCGAGUAAAUGUGUAUCAGUAUUUAUUUUAUUGCCCAACAUUUGUCAUGCUUAUCUUCUGUGUGGAUCUGAAAGUGAAAAUAAAGCAAGCGUUUCUAUUCAACGCUUGAUGAAGGAGGAGGAAUGGAUAUUUUGUUUAAAAGAUGGUUUAGUGUUUGCUCUGUAUAGUCAUGCAGUUAUUUAUUAAACUAUACAGUUUGUUUAAGGUAUGAAAUUACUGAAAUUACUCAAAGUGCUCUCUUGGGGUGUAAACACAAAUUACAAAUGAAUAUUUAUGAAUGCAUUAAAUAGAUGGGAAAAGAGAGGAAGUGUUUUACACUAAAACAUGUCAAAUCUGAGAAACAGACUUACAAUGAUUGAAAGCAAACUGUAUUACAUAUUGAACCAUGAAAAAAAUGCAACAAUAACCCUUUUGCUAAUGACUCUGCAUGUUGCUGUAAACUUAUUAUAUCACUGAUGUAAUACUUGUACAAUCCUAUUUAAGUUCUCAACGCUUUGGGGCUUAUUUGUGAAGAGGAACAAGCAGCAGGCACGGUUUCGUUGGGAAUGUAACAGGUUUAAAAUGAGGAAACGUUUAUGCGUUUAUGUCAUUACCUCUCAUGUAUUGAAACAGGUUUUAUGGGAGAAUAAAUGCCAUGAAAAAUAAACUCA